AUGUUUCUGCAGGGUCGUGUUAUAAUUGUUUGGUUAUCUUGGCUUAUUGGAGGUAUUUGCGGAGUUGUUAUUUUGUUAGUUAUAAUUUGUUACUGCCGCCUAAUGCCGCGUCAUCAGAAAUCGUUUGAUGAACAAUAUCUUAAGGAAAACUAUGCUAUCAAAGAAAAUCAUGCAUAUACUAGUCAGGAAAAUUAUAGGAUGAAACAUGCUGAGGUUCAAAUCCAGCGUCACACAAGACCAGUCAGUUAUGCCGGAGAUGCAGAGUGUAGAGGAAAUCGAGAAGCUCGCCAUCCACCGCAAUGCUAUGUCAACCGAGUUCCAGAUACCAGGGAGCAAUGCAUGCAAUAUGCGUCAAGCAGUAUGUUAGACGAAAUAGAUAGUGCAGCGAACAUUGAUGCACUGAAGACAAGAUCGCUCCCUGCAUUUCUUAGGCCCAAACCUCGGCCACUCUCCACCGAAGAUGACCUACAGCAACUGUACGCUAAAGUAAAUCUAAGCAAGAAAUACAAGAAUCGUAUGCGCAACGAACACGCGGCCAUCAUAGCUCUGAGUAAGUCACACAGCCAGUUCUUUGACGCGGACGCCGUCAUAGUUUAUGAUCAACGAACAGCGCUAUAA